AUGUGUCUCGGGCUGCGUGAAAAUAACUUAUUGAAAGUUGAUUUUCAAAAUGAUAAACUCUGCACAUUUUGGCGAAAAGCAGCUGCAGAAUAUACCAUCAUAGCUGACAGAGCUUUAAAGAUCUUGAUUGCAUUUGCUACAACUUACAGAUGUGAAACUGGUUUCUCAGCUUUUCUUAUAUUAAAAACAAAAGUAAGGAAUCGUAUGAACAUUGAGCAUGAUAUGAGAUGCUCUUUGAGUGAAGCUGAACCUAAUAUUGUGAAACUUGCGACACUUAACUCAACGCAAAACAAUUUCAACCUUCGCACUAGUAUUAGAGUACUUACAUAUAACUUUAUAUUACUAGCAUGGCUGGUAAUCUCCGAACAAAUGUAG